CCUUGUUGCUGCAAUAAGGAGCCAGUUGGCCUCAUUUGUUCGUACCUACUGUGCACAAUUGCAUAUCAAUGUAACAAAUUAGUGUAUUUGAGCAUACUUGUGGAGACGGGGAGUUCGUAGUGUAUUUGAGGUUAUGAAAAAAUUUAAUUACGGACAUUUUUCUUUUGAUGCCCAAAAUAAAUCGUGUCAUCUUCUGCAUAGGGCCUUGAAAGCUAAUCAGCCACGGGCCUUUUUACAGGUUUUGCAUAUAAGUUCUGUUUUAUUUGCGAGAAAAACACAUCCAUACUUUUCUUAACAUCAAAUACUCUGCGAACUUCGCUUAAAGGCGUAUUUGUUUCUCUCAGUGCAAUGGAACGACUUCCUGGAAUAGUAUAAUGAUUUUCAAAGCGUCAGAUGUUAGAUCAAAUUUUGCUAGAAUGAAGGAGAAAUUACCAAAUCUGACAGCGUACAGAUUUUGACAGUGGCAUAUACUGUUGCCAUGGGUGGCUGCUAUUCCGAUGAGACUACCACCAAUGAUCCCCGACCAUGAACUGGUACAAGCGACUGAUGAUCUUAGUGACGUUCUUCGUGUCAUGCGCGGCCAUGGCCUUGUUGGUGGCCGCUUUAGGCACCAAACACUGGACCGACGCCAGAGCCAAAAGGGCCAAGAACCCAGCCGAAAGCGAUGGCAAGAUUCACUUCGGACUCUUCGAGGGUAAAAAGGAGCUGAAUGUAGCGUAUGGAUGGAGAACGUACGAAAUGGAUGUAAUUCAGUUACUGAGGUCAGAACCAGAGUUCCUCAUAUAUGGCUUCUGGCUGGGCACUGUGGUAUCAGUUUGCGCAGGGCUGUUGUUCUCAACACUGAGCGCCAUCUUUGCAGCUGUCAACACUGCCACGACUACGUCUAGAUGUCUUGCCAAAGUUAACGGACUAUACGUCUGGAAUUUUUUUGCAGUAUUUUUUGAUCUGCUCGCGCUAUGUUUUUGGCUAGGGCAGUUCUUCAUGAGCAUCCAGUACAACGUAUUGUCCAGAGAAGAUAGAGAGAAUGAGUGGACGUCUGAAGAUAUGGCAGAAUUCGGCUACUCGUUUUGGUUUGUAGCUGGCGCAGCUAUAGCAUCUUUUGUGAACAUCAUAAUAAUAGUGAUCGCAAAUAUGGAGAAAGAAGAAACCAUAGUUCCCGUCCUUGAGGAGAAAACCAAUGGCGCCAUCAUGCUGUACUGAUAGAAUUCAUUGAUCUGUACAUAGUUCAUAUACGAAUAUUCUUGCCUUAGAUUAGUUUUUGUAUAUUUUUUACUUGAUCACGUUUGCAAAAUACUCAUAGCAAUAUUAUUUAAUAAAUAUUUUUUGUAACUCAUU